AUGGAACAGGGAGCAAAGUCUACACCAUGGACAUACUUCUUCAUUCGCCUGCUCUUCAAGUUUGUUCUUAAAGUAUUCUAUGGCUCUAUUAUCCUGGAGAAUGAGCACUUCAUUCCUAAGCGCGGAGCAUGUAUCCUCAUGGGAAACCACUCGAAUUCGCUCACCGACGCGAUACUGUUGAUAGCGGCUAUCCCGUCAAAGCGCCGAAAUUUGUUGCGUAUGACAGCCAAGGACACGCAGUUUGGACGCAAGACGUUUACAAGUUGGCUCAUCGAAUCCGUCGGCACGGUCCCUAUAAAGCGACGUAAAGAGCACGGAGAUGAUGCAGACAAUACCGUCGCCAUCCAGGGUCUGGUCAACUCGCUAGGAGCAGGUGAUUGCAUCUGCAUCUUUCCCGAGGGCAUGAGCAGGUAUCAUCCGGGAAUGGCACCUCUCAAGACCGGUGGAGCACGUAUUGUCUCGGACACUCUCACUGCCCAGCGCGACAAUCCAGACUUCGAGCUCACUGUUCUGACAUGCUCAAUCACCUAUAUGCAUCGCGAACGCUUUCGUUCAGACGUCCUCAUCUCCUUUAACCGGCCACUAAAACUUCGUCCAAAGGAAUUCCCCCAACUGCUGCAACCCGUCGAGUUUUCCGUAAUUCGAUCUCUUACAGCGUUUCUUCAAAGCCAAAUCAGCUCGGGAACUAUCGAUGCACCUACAUGGUCAACUGUACGCAUCGCAAAGCUGGCAGCUAGGAUGUACGCACCGCUAGGAACUCGCAUGACGCUCGGCGACCAUGUACGCGUGACAAAGGUGUUUGCAGAUGCCUUUGCCGGCGCGACGCCGCGCAAGUGGGAAGAAGUGGCCCCAGAGGCAUCGGAUUGGGCCAGUGGCAAGAGUGACACCUCUACAGAGGAUGCGUCCAUCGACGCCGUCUUGAGUGCGGCACGGGAGAGUACACAAGCGAAACGCGAUCUACUCGCGAAAGAUCUUGGGGAGUACCAAGACUUUCUAUCACACUUGGGCAUCAAGGACGAACGGCUUCGACGAGCGGCCCCUCGCGCAUUCUUGUUCUAUCGCAUUCUCCUUCGACUGACAUGGAUGGUUGUACUGCUUACUAUCUCCAUCCCAGGACUGAUUCUCUGGGCACCAAUCUACGCAACCACGUCGUAUGCAGUUUGGCGAUUCAAGAUGUCCGGACCCAUAUGGGAUACAUUUGAUGAAAUUGCACAGUACAAGAUGAUAUAUGGCCUCGGAUCAGCAGUCGUUGUAUACAUACUCUGUAUCCUUUUCACAUGGCCGAUCGCCUUUAUCACCUCUUGGGCGGUACCUAUAUUACUGUGGAUGACACUACGGUGGUGGGAAGAUGCAGUUUCGGCUGCCCGUGCGCUCAACGCACUUGUGCGGCUGUUUCUACUCGGACGCCACGAGUUGCGGAGGACCAAGACGUGGAGAGAUAAAUUAUGA